AUCUUUGAUGUUGACACCACUUCUCGUUUGAUUUGCACCCAAAGCAAGCACAAAAAGCAACGGCUGUCUUGCACCAGCAACCAUCCGUUCGAGCACCAUAUUUCAUUCAUGAAGAGGUCUCUAGCUAGCCACCAUGACAGCCAAAACCUACAAGUCUAUCAUAUCUCCUUCUUUGCUUUCCUGUGACCUUGCAAAUCUGGAAAAAGAUGCGAAGGAAAUGAUGGAGAUGGGAUGUGAAUGGCUUCACAUGGAUAUCAUGGACGGCCAUUUUGUCCCAAAUUUGACGUUCGGGCCACCAGUGAUUUCCAGCCUUCGAAAGGCCCACAAAGAUGCUUUCAUUGACUGUCACUUGAUGGUAACCGAGCCAGCAAAAUGGGUGGCACCUCUGCAAAAGGCGGGAGCCAGCAAUUUUACCUUUCACAUCGAGAGCGAGAUGCCCGAGGGAGGCCCCAAAGCGAUGAUUAAAAUGGUCAAAGACGCGGGGAUGAAAGUUGGAAUCGUCAUCAAACCCAAAACUCCUAUUGAAGAAGUGUUUCCGUACGUGGAUGAUAUUGAUUUGGUCCUGAUCAUGACGGUAGAGCCUGGAUUCUCGGGGCAGAAAUUCAUGCCUGAUGUGAUGCCAAAGGUCAAGGCGUUGCGAGAAAAGGCACCAGACUUGAACAUUCAAGUGGACGGAGGUCUUUCGCCCACGACAAUUGACUCUGCAGCAGAAGCGGGGGCAAAUGUGAUUGUUGCCGCAUCGGCCAUUUUUGGAUCGGAUGAUCGACAAGGCGUGAUCAAUUCACUACGAGCGGGUGUGGACAAGCAAAUUCAGAGCUAGCCACACUGUGGUUGUGUAAUGGCUAUGCGGUAGCUAGAUCGAGGCUGCCUGUCGAUCGUCUUUUGGUCUUAGCCGGCAGUACCGGUAUUCUCAUUGGACUACAGUACAUGCAUUUAUGAAUUUUUAUCAGAAAGAAGCAGCGAAACUAAAGCCCAGGAGCGUUCCUCAAUCGUGCAUGAAACCGACCCUAAAAUAGGGUCGGAUUUAGGGUCGGAUUCCCUUUAGGGUCGGGUUUCGAAACCCGACCCUAAAAAUAGGGACGUUUUCUGAAAAAUAGGGACGGUUUUUCAAAAACCGUCCCUAAUUUAGGGUCGGGUUUCGUUUUAGGGUUGGGUUUUGAAACCGUCCCUAUAUUUAGGGACGGAUUCCCCCAAACCGACCCUAAAUUAGGGUCGGAUUUAAAGUAAUGCACGAUUGAGGAACGCUCCUGCAUCAUCAGAUUCGAAGACAAUCCUCUUCAUUGCACUGUUGAUAGUGUUAGCUGGGCUGGGCAAUAGUACUAAAUACAUUACAAUUCAGCUUGCUGCAAGUAGUAUCAAUCCGAAACGAAAGCCAAACAAACCCUCCCAACUUCAAAAACAUUCUUUGCUUACA